GGGGGGUGCUUGGCGGUGCAGCAGUGCAGGAGGCGGGGAGAGGCGGCGAAGGGCGCAGGAGCAUCUCUCAGAAGGGGACGCCGCGGACCAGUUGUCAGGGAGGGAGCCGAGCCUCUCCCCGGACCCGCGCCGAGGGCGACAGUGAUGCUGCAGAACCGGCGGGAGCGACUCACCGCGGCCGCUCUCUGCGCUUUCGGAGACCCCACCGCCCGCCUUCUGCAGGGGAAGCGACCAUGACCAGAGCUCGUGACUCGCCCCUCGACCACUUCCCCUAGAAAGAAACCCUUGAAAAAGUUGCAUUUAAAAAAAUCCUUGCGCUGACCUUUGGGGCCGUGGGGGCCGAAGAAACGUGCGUGCGAGUGCAAACAAGAAAGCGAAAGGUGUGUGUGCAUGGGGGGCCGGCGGUGGGGGGACCCUCCGCUGCUACUUUGCCUGACGCUGUGCUGAGGCCGCCCCCCGGGACCUCGGGGCUGCGAUGAGCCCCUGCAGACGGGCCCGGCGACACACGUCCAGAGGGGCCAUGGCAGUACUAGCAUGGAAGUUCCCGCGGACCCGGCUACCGGUGGGAGCCAGUGCCCUUUGCGUCGUGGUCCUCUGUUGGCUCUACAUCUUCCCGGUCUACCGGCUGCCCAACGAGAAGGAGAUCGUACAAGGGGUGCUGCAACAGGGCACGGCGUGGAGAAGGAACCAGACGGCGGCGAGAGUCUUCAGGAAACAGAUGGAAGACUGCUGUGACCCCGCCCAUCUCUUUGCUAUGACUAAAAUGAAUUCCCCCAUGGGGAAGAGCAUGUGGUAUGAUGGGGAGUUUUUAUACUCAUUCACCAUUGACAAUUCAACUUAUUCUCUCUUCCCCCAGGCAACCCCAUUCCAGCUGCCCUUGAAGAAAUGCGCGGUGGUGGGAAAUGGUGGGAUUCUGAAGAAGAGUGGCUGUGGCCGUCAAAUAGAUGAAGCAAAUUUUGUCAUGCGAUGCAAUCUUCCUCCUUUGUCAAGUGAAUACACUAAAGAUGUUGGAUCCAAAAGUCAUUUAGUGACAGCUAACCCCAGCAUAAUUCGGCAAAGGUUUCAGAAUCUGCUGUGGUCCAGAAAGACAUUUGUGGACAACAUGAAGAUCUAUAACCACAGUUACAUCUACAUGCCUGCCUUUUCUAUGAAGACGGGGACAGAGCCAUCUCUCCGGGUUUAUUACACACUGUCAGAUGUUGGUGCCAAUCAAACAGUGCUCUUUGCCAACCCCAACUUUCUGCGUAGCAUUGGAAAGUUCUGGAAAAGUAGGGGAAUCCAUGCCAAGCGCCUGUCCACAGGACUCUUUCUGGUGAGUGCGGCUCUGGGUCUCUGUGAGGAGGUAGCUAUCUAUGGUUUCUGGCCCUUCUCUGUGAAUAUGCAUGAGCAGCCCAUCAGCCAUCACUACUAUGAUAACGUCUUACCCUUCUCUGGCUUCCAUGCCAUGCCAGAGGAAUUUCUCCAGCUCUGGUAUCUUCAUAAAAUCGGUGCACUGAGAAUGCAGCUAGACCCAUGUGAAGACACUUCACUCCAGCCCACUUCCUAGGGACCAUGGAAAAAGAAAGAACCGAGACAGGGUAUUUUUGUUAGGUUUUCUACAGGACUCCAAAAGGAAAUGGUCAAGUCAUUUCAUGGAUUCACAUGGGCCACUUGGAAAAACAAAACAAAACAAAACAACUAUAAAAACCCAAGAGAAACUCUACUUUGGAUGUUGGCUUGGAGGACAAAUAAGAAAUGAAACAUCCUAUGAAAUAUUUUGUAGCACAUUGUGGAUUUGCAACCAGUAACAUGCUGAUGAGAUGAUGUUGGUAAAGCACAUUUAGGUGGUUCAAAUCUAGAAGAUGCAGUUCACAAACAAGACAGAGCUCUGGUUGUUGAAGGUGAAGAAUUAAUCAAGGUAGAAUAAAGGAAAUGCCAGCGCAAAGUGUUACUGAUUAUCAACACAAUCUGGCUUUAGGAAAAAAACCUAUCUUAUAUCUUAGAACCAUAGGUUUUUAAAAAAUGAUUAUUUAUUUUUGCCCUAUUUAGGGGCAGUGAGUGGGUGAUGAGGUAGCUAAAAAAAAAAAAAAAUCCCUUACUGAGUAAUAAAGAUACAAUACACUACAGCUAAU